CGCUCUCAAUUCAACACUUUGUUCGCUCUGCAGCGCUGCUGACAUGCAGCUCUCUCAGCAGGAAAGAGACUAGAAACUCCUCGCUCCCGCUUCGCCAGUACUUUCAGCUCCCUGUUUAGCUCCCUCGUUCCUCCUGUAGCGCUCUCACUCCUUCAUAGCUCUUCCACUCGUUUCUCAGGCUGGGGAAGUUCGCGUGCAGGCUGGACUCUAACAGCUGACCGUGCAUGUGGAAGUCAGUGUGGAAGUGAGUGAUGUGCGCAGCGCUGCAGCUGUUGCCCCUAUAAUGAUGAUGAUUAUGAUGAUGAUGAAGGUGCUGUAGCCGUGAUCUGCCAGGAGCGCCCGGUCACCCAUACGCGGGCAGCAUGUGGUCACACACAAGGAGGUCCAGCUGCGCGCGCCUGGCCGCUCUGCACGUCCUGGUGAUGCUCGUAGCCGCGUGUUUAGGUAGCAACCUGGACAACGAAGCGGGUCCAACCGGUCAGAGACCACUUAGCAAAGUGGAGCGCUAUGAGAACACAGAGCCAUGGCUUCUCAUUGGAGGACAGAAGAGACCAAUCAGCCUCCUGCGAACAAUGGGCCAUCCCGCGUUGCUGAAGCUCCUGAUUGAGGCGGAAAGCGAACAGCUGCUGCUCAUUCUGCAGAAAAAUGAGGGUCUGUUUGCCAGUCACUACACAGAGACGCACUACCUGGACGGUGGAAAAGCAGUCACCACCUCGCCCUCCUCCACGAUGAACUGUUACUACCAUGGCGAGGUGAAGGGCUACCCACACUCUGACGUCAUUCUCAGCACCUGCUCAGGACUCAGGGGGCUGAUCUCACUCAGAGAUAAAGUAUUGGUGCUGGAGCCAGCACAGAAGCCCAACAGCACCAUGCAUCAUAUCUACAGGGGAGAACAUCUCAACCUUACCCGAGGCACAUGUGGACAUGGACACAACAUAUCAAACGCUGCAGGGGUCCCAGACACUCUAGGGUCUCUCUUCAGCUCACACAGCACGCUCCUAAGGCACAAGAGACAUGCCCAGAGCAACACUAAAUAUGUAGAGCUGAUCAUUGUGGCAGACAACCGUGAGUACCAGAAACAGGGCAAAGAUGUGGAGAAAGUGAAGCAGAGACUGGCUGAGAUUGCCAACUACGUGGACAAGUUCUACAGGGCAUUGAAUAUCCGUGUGGCUCUGGUGGGCUUGGAGGUGUGGAGUGACUCAGACAAAUGUCCUGUCACCCAGGACCCUUUCACCACGCUGCACGAAUUUCUGGACUGGAGGAAACUCAAGCUUUUACCACAGAGACCCCAUGACAACGCUCAGCUCAUCAGUGGUGUGUAUUUCCAGGGCACCACUAUUGGCAUGGCUCCCAUUAUGAGCAUGUGUACGGCUGAGCAGUCAGGCGGUAUCGUCAUGGACCACUCUGAUAACCCCCUUGGAGCUGCAGUUACUCUGGCCCAUGAACUAGGACACAACUUUGGAAUGAACCAUGACACACCAGAGCGGGGGUGUGGUUGCAGGGUGACGGCAGACAGAGGCGGCUGCAUCAUGACACCAUCUACUGGGUACCCCUUCCCCACUGUGUUCAGUUCAUGCAGUAAGAAGGACCUGCUGGUCAGUUUGGAGAAGGGAGUGGGCAUGUGCCUCUUCAACAUGCCUGAGGUCAAAGUGCUCUACGGGGGGCAGAAGUGUGGCAACGGAUACGUGGAGGAGGGAGAGGAGUGUGACUGUGGAGAUCUGGAGGAGUGUAUGAACCCCUGCUGUAAUGCCAGCACCUGCACUCUGAAGGGAAAUGCAGUUUGUGCACAUGGCCAGUGUUGUGAAGACUGUCAGUUGAAGCCUGCAGGUACACCGUGCCGAGAGUCCAGCAACUCAUGCGAUCUGCCUGAGUUCUGCACAGGCUCUGACCCUCACUGCCCAGCCAACGUUUACCUGCAUGAUGGCCAUGCCUGCCACAGUGUGGAUGGACACUGCUACAACGGCAUUUGCCAAACGCAUGAGCAGCAGUGCAUCACACUCUGGGGCCAGGGUGCAAAGCCAGCUCCAGGCAUCUGUUUUGAAAGGGUGAACUCAGCAGGAGAUCCAUAUGGGAAUUGUGGAAAAGACUCCAAGGGCUUAUUCGCUAAGUGUGAAGAACGAGACGCAAAAUGUGGGAAGAUACAGUGUCAGGGUGGGGCUAAUCGGCCGGUGAUUGGCACUAAUGCCGUCUCCAUAGAGACUAAUAUCCCCCUGCAGGAGGGUGGCCGGAUCCUGUGCCGGGGGACCCACGUGUACCUGGGAGACGACAUGCCCGACCCAGGCCUGGUUCUGACUGGGACCAAGUGUGGAGAGAACAUGAUGUGUCUGAACCGGCAGUGUCAGAACAUCAGUGUGUUCGGGGUCCACGAGUGUUCAGCAAAGUGCAGUGGACGAGGGGUGUGUAAUAAUAAGAAGAACUGCCACUGUGAGGCGCACUGGGCUCCUCCGUUCUGUGAUAAAGCUGGGUUUGGAGGCAGUGUGGACAGUGGGCCUAUGAGACUGGCAGACAGUGAGAGUGUAAAGGUGGGCAUUGUGGUGGCGUUCCUGUGCCUGCUGUGUGUGGGGAUGAUUGUCUGCAUUAAGAGGAAGACUCUGGCUGGUCUCUUCAUCAGCAACAAGAAAAACACCAUUGAAAAGCUCAGGUCAGUGGGACCCAAUGGGCCAAACAGUCCUGGGCACACAUUCUCAACAAGCCAAACACAUGCUGGGACACACACACACUCUGCAUGCAGGGCGUCUCCUCAGUGCCAAGCACCAGCCAUAUCACAAAGUGCCAGUAUAUACAAGCCUCAGCCUCCUCUGCCAGGAGUGGAUUCUCUGGUUGGUUCUCUCUCUUUGCGGAGGCUGCCUCAGUGUCCUCCUCUCCACCUGACCCACCCUCUGCCCUUCACACUGACUCCUUCUCCCCCUGCCCCGCCUCCGCAUCGUGCCCCCCCACCUCCCCUACCACACUCACACUCACAUACACACACACAUGCAUACACACACUCACCCAGCCACAGAGUCCCCCAAGCACACCCCCACACACAUACACACUCUCACACUCACUCCCCACCUCGAGGAGCCCCCCUCCGCAACCUGAGCUGCCAGAACACCUGCAGGAUGGCCAUGGAGCUUGAAAAGCCUAGCCCACCCCAGAAGCCUUUGCCCGCUGACCCGUUGGGGCGCAGUAUCCGGUUGAUGCGGAGCCCAACAGCUAUUCGCCUGCCUGCCCCCAUUCCAACCAGCACCCCACGCUCAGCACCCCCCCACACACAGCCCAACAGACCACCUCCUAAGCAGCCCCCCACACUGCCAAAGCCUCAGUUCCUCACAGGCAUGCCGAAGCCCAGCAGUUGAGAGCCAAGCUGCAGGGACCUGAGCGGAGAGAACACACACUCGAUUUUGCACUAUGAAUCUCCGCUGGUCUUAAUGAACAGUGUCUCUGAGUUAUGAUCAUGGGGGUUUACGUUUUGAUCCCCUGGUGCUACAGCCCCUGUCGGUGCUAUGAGUCGACACUCAGGUACACGUCGCACAUUAUUUAUGUUCGUCCAAACUGUAUUUAUUUCAGCACAGUGCAUUGUAGUGGACUUUUAUUUCACAUUUUUGUGUGGUUUGUCCUGAUUUCAGUUGGGUUUAGUAUUGUUUAGUGAUCAGAAUUUUGAUGAUUCAACAACGUGGAAAGAGAUAUGAAAGACUUUUAUCUGUGAAAAAUGAGUAGAAAACUGCAAUGUAGGUGCAUUUUAAUGGUAGAAAUGGUUUGUGGGAAAAAAUGCUUUAAAAGGGAAACAUUUGGAAGCUCCACUUUGCCAUGAUGUGCUCUGUGGGUGUACAGUCCCUGUGUGUAUUACCCAUUUAAAAUCACUCAUGAAUCAGUCAUGCCUAGUACCAUUUCUGCAGCUUUUGUUUGAGUGAAUAGUCAUUUGAAAGCUUACCAGAAACAGCCAGGAGGAGGUAAUUCACAAAACCACAGACUUGUGUCUUCUGUAGUCAGCCAGCUUUGUGACUUUAUAUGAGAGACCUUUUUUCUUGUUUAUCUAAAAAUACCCUGUUUCUCAACUAAAGAAGCUGUACAUGAAAGUCUGUUUCAGUAGUGUCUGGGUUUUAUAAACUUUUUUGAGCCUUUUCCUUCUUCCUUCAAAAUAAGUCAUUCACCAGUGAUCACGACUCCACAUGAUAGUUAUGAUGCAUCCUGUAUAUUACAUGCCAUUUCAUGCUAACUCCUUUUGUGAGGAUGGUUGGGUUAGACUAUAGUUAUUUUACAAAAGCAAAUUUACUCUAUUUUGAUCUCCAAAUGUACAAUGUGCCAUCUAGAGUCUUGCUUCAGUGGCUGUAGUGGAUGAGAGGUACAGGAAAACUGUCUGGUAAUGGGGGACUUGCACAGCAAUACCAGGAAAACAGUGAAAGAAAACAGAUUUGGGAUGUUUUUUGUUUGUUUAUAUCAUACAAAACAUGAUAUCUGUAGCAAACGGGAGACACAAAAAUUCCGUGUACCCCAGGGGCGACUUUGCAUUUUUACAUGUUGCUGAUAUUUUCAGCCAUGACAAUAUGUUUCCACUGAGCCUACAUUUAUCACACGUCUACUCUACACAGCGUAGAGCUGUAUAAUGUGCUUCUCUCUUUAGCGUCCUGUUACUCCGAAGUUGCUUUUGUGUGAAACCAUAGGGGGUGUCGAGAGCUGACACCUUACUUUUUGAUGCAUAUAUUUUACUUCAGGUGAUACUUUGAUUCCUGUUUUCUUUCAUACAGUUCUAUGUCUGUAAUGCAUCAUUAUUUUUAAAAUGCAUUCAGAAAGACUGUGCAAGACCAGAUACAAACCUGUGUCAGUGGUAUUCAUGCCACAGUAGGUAACCUGCUUUGCUUGGCUUGUUUGGCAGUCUUUAUCCCUGUACUCACUUUUUACCAUUUUGUAACCACACACUUGUAUCAGUAUUUCUACACAUAAAAAUGUAAUAUUAACUUUCUUUAUUUUGCUCAGUGACUGAGAACACAAAGCUUUUUUUGUACGAUAACUCUUUGAUAAAUCAAAAUGUAAAACCCUGUAAAUGUCAGUGUGUCAGAGGAGUCAUAGAUUUUGAACUCACGAAUUAUGAACCAGUGCUAAGUAAAGUUGUCUAUGAAACUGA